UGUGGCGGGUGCGAGCAGUCGGCGAUGUUCGCAGCAAUAGUAGCGGUCGCGCUGCUGGGAGCGGCCGGCGCGUGGCUGCCGCUGUCCACCACCCUGGACUAUCUGCUCAGAGCGGCGUCCGAGACCUGUGAAGCUUUACCACUACAAGCGUUGACGUCGGCUCAAAUAAUUCCAGACCUAAAAUUCGUGGAAUACACAACAGUAGGGAAGAGGAGGUAUCCUCUCACAACUGCACACUUGCAGGACUUCUCGGGGUCGCAGCUGAUUGUCUACAUCCCGGGCUGGUGGAACACGCCAUCAGACGAGUCCUCUGACGCCCUCGUUAAAGCACUGCUAACCAAAAACACCAUAGUCCUCAUUCUAGACACAAGAGCAUCUUUCGGCCGCGGCUAUGUCUCCUCAGCAGUACAGGUCAACGGUCUAGCUCAUCGAGUAUUCAGAUUCAUCAGAAACCUGUACGUUCAGGGAUAUCCCAUUUCCAAAAUUCACUUAAUUGGCUUUAGUUUAGGCGCCCACGUCGCAGGCAUCACAGGCAAAUUGGUGCAGAAAAAAUUAAACCAGGUUAUAGAGCGGAUCACAGCUCUGGAUCCAGCCAGACCAUGUUUUCUGGAACCUUCGAGGUUCAGACUUAGAAAAGAGGAUGCUGCUUUUGUAUACGUCUUGCAUACGAGCUCAGGAGUCAUCGGAUUAGAAGACCCAAUCGGACACGUCGAUGUAUAUGCCAACGGCUUGACAUCUAGUCAGCCGGAGUGCAAAGGUAUGAUCAUAACUCUGGAGUGUGACCACGCGCAGGCCUGGAAACUCUAUUCAGCUUCAGUGACGAAUAGUUCCGCUCUUAUCGGACAGAGAUGUCUCGAUUGGAAGGAAUUGAAGAGCAAGAGAUGUAGCGGAGAUAUAUCUAAUGUAGGAUACGAUUGUAGUCCAACAAGAAGAGGAUUGUAUAUUUAUAGGUCGCAGGUAGAAAGUACGAGGUUGAGGGAGUUUGACCCUUUUGAUUUUUGGUCGUGGUUUCAUAGAUAGAUUUACUUAUUCCCGUGUUACAUUAUAAAUAGUUGGUACAAUAUGUAUUAUCUUAAUAAAUUUAUAGAUGUGAUAUUAAAAGUACAUAAAUCAAUAAAUAAUAACAUGUACUUAGCUACCAUAAAGCUGAAGCAUAACCACUAUAAUAAGUCAAUUGUUUUUGUUAACGUGAAUUUUGUAUCAUCAAUUUAGAAUUAACCUACGUGACAUUAUUUAAGUGCUUUUUAAUAAUAACAUUAUAAUAUCACGUUUUUAUGAUGUGUAACGAUAACUACAAAAUAAAUAUAAAAUAAGAUUUAACAAUUAACAAAUUAGAUUCUUAGUGAUGAAAAUAUGCAAACAUAGAUCGUAUUUUAAUUUUAAGUAUAUGAAUUAUGGCUGUGAUACAUAUAUUAUGUUGCCGUAUUAUUAUUAGAAAGUGUUUAGAAAAUAUAAGAAUAGAAUAUUUCACAGUUUUCAAUAAAUUGCUGUUAUAUGUCGUAGAUUUGAUAUCAGCGCCAUCUAUACAUUUAAUUUGUAAAGAUAUAAGUGACGCGCAGCAAUGUUAUGUCGUAAUCACGAUGCUUGCACUUGCAUGAGUUUAUAUGUUAAUAGUAUAGAUGGCUCUGCAAUUAAUACUCGAUUGUUGAGUCAGUAUAAUAUUGUGUGAAUGAAGUUUUCAGUGCAAAUCAUACUUAAAUACUCUAAUUGCAUGUUCUUUUUUAGAAGUAUGUUAUAUAUAGCACACAGGGAUAACGUAUAUAAUAUAGUAUAUCCAAUGGUGAGAGAAUUUUUUAAUUCCGUCCAGUUGUUCCUUAGAUUAGCGCAUCCAAACAACUCACAAUCCUUAUAUUAUCAUAGUGUUAAAAAUUUUCUAUUUGUACAUC